UUUACAAGUCCAAGCUAGUUUUUGUUUAUUCAAAGAGUAGUCAGUAGUGGCUGUCUUUCAACAUCAGAUCUUGUUUCCGAUUAAGAGCAAUGGAGAAAAGUUUUGAAGCAUGGAAGGAGCUAAUACCAGAAGCACUUGAGCAAAUUUUCAGGGGUUUGUCUGUACAAGAAAAGUUGGUGGUGAUUCCAAGUGUUUGCAAAUCAUGGGGUAGAAUGGUGAAUGUGCCUUAUUGUUGGGAAGAGAUUGAAAUUGAGGGUUGGAAGUAUUACUCUAAGCCUCAAACCUUUAAUUUGCUUCUUCAAUUGAUUCUAAGAAGAAGCUCAGGCAAACUAUGCAGUCUCUCUAUUACAGCUCUAGCCAAUGACCCAAACUUCUUGUCCUUAAUUGCUGACUAUUCACAAUCACUCAAGACAUUGAAGUUGCCAAGAAGUUGGAUAAGUGAUUCUACAAUGCUAGGUGUUGCUGCAAGAUUCUCUACUGUUACAUAUUUGGAUGUGAGCCAUUGUGGAAAUAUUAGCGCCGAUGGACUCAAGGCAAUUGGCAAGAAUUGUAGGAAUCUUACAAGACUAGACAGAACUCUAGAAGAGUUUUUAUCUCAUUCAAGACACUUAGAUGAAGAGGCAUCUGCCAUAGCAGCCACAAUGCCUAAGCUUAAGCACCUUGAAAUUGGCUAUAUGCAUAUUAGUAAUAAUGGUUUGCUUAAGAUUCUCUCUGGCUGCCCUGACCUUGAACUAUUAGACAUUCGAGGGUGUCAACAAGUGAAACUCGACCAAACUUUUGUUAAGAAAAUCUCAUAUUUGAAAGUAUUUGGACCGUAAUUAGAUUGUUACGAAUUGCGAUGACUUCUUUGUUUUCUAUAUGCAUUUAUGAUUUUUAUUACUAAAAUUGUAUUUGAUACUCUUUUGUAUUUUUAAAAUUAAGUUUGGAAUAAUUUUUGAGUGUUUUCAUUAUUA